UCUGUUUUGGUUUGUCUUCCCAGGCCCUUGCAGCCAAUGCUGGGACGGGGUUUGCAGUGGCAGAACCUCAAAUUGCCAUGUUCUGUGGGAAGCUAAAUAUGCAUGUGAACAUCCAGACUGGGAAAUGGGAACCUGACACUUCUGGGACCAAGAGCUGCUUUGGAAGAAAGGAGGAGAUUCUGCAAUACUGCCAGGAGAUGUACCCAGACCUUCAGAUCACCAACGUGGUAGAAGCCAACCAGCCCGUCAGCAUUGACAGCUGGUGCAAGCGUGGGAAGAAGCAGUGCAAGGACCACACUCACAUCGUUGUGCCCUACAAGUGCCUGGGUGAGUGUGUGCUUGUGGGUGUGCUGUGCCUUCCUGUGGGAGAAGCAAGGGGCUGCCUCCUGGAUUCUUACAGAGAGAGCAGCUCAGUUUGUUAGACUUGUGGAAAUGAC